CUGGAAUUAUUUCAUGGCUCAGCAGACGAUCUCCUCACACAUCGCCGAAGACAAAGUUCUCAGGUCUUCGGGUUCGUUCGCUUGCCUGGAAGCCAUGGAUUCUCUCAUCAACGUGAACAAAAAUUUUGAUCUCUUUUGCUCGUUUUAUUUUCUCAUCCUUUGAAUGAAGUACGGUAAGACUCAGGAGUAUAUGUGGUGACUAUCAACGGACACGCCCAACUGCGCGCCCCGUCUCAAAUCGAUUAAAUGCACUGGAUCAGACUCUCUCGGACUGUCAAAUCAUAUUCUUUGAGGGACUGGAAGCAUCGAAUACUGAUCGUGAAGACGGGAGCAGUGCAAGUGCAAGCAUGGAGUCUGCAAAGAAUCCUACGAACACAAGAGCAGAGGGAAGUGCGAGCGACUUGCCCGCAGCUGUGGAGCUGCAAUAUCCAGGCUCUUUGUAUAAGAUUCCAGGGUCUCUCGGUGACCGUCACUCGAUCGAUUUGGAUUCUGAUCACCUCCAAAACGUCCUAGCCAGUCGGAGGAGCGUCCUGAGCACGAUGAGCGAGCACAGGCUCUCCAAGGGAACGGAUGAGCCUGGUGGGCCUCGUUCCAGUAUCGAAUAUUUUUGUGAAGCUGAAAGAGGACCUUUUUCAGAAGCCUGCCUAAAUAGAGAUCGACCACGAGUGGAUGAUACAAGAGUCUUAUCAAGGAUUCUUAACUUUGCAUGUCCGCGAUAUUCAUGGUAGAUGCGUUGGAUUAGUUUCAAGCUGGCCCUGGUUAGUCGGUCAUGAUCAUUUGAAGCGUCUGUAGUUGCAGAUUUUGAACUCUAAUUUCAUCGUAGUUCACAAUAUGAUAAUGUCUUGGUGUUAUAAUCUGUUGAUCUAUGACAUAGAGCACACGUUGGGAUAAAUAACGGAGAGAAAAUCCACGCAACUUGCAUAAUUUGGUUUCUUUCUACGGGAAGUGGCCUUCAUCGGCUAUACUUCAUGACUUGUCUUUUAUAGUGCGGAGUUGAGCUCACUGUGCUAAGCUUUCUAUUGUGAUCCAUGCUGUAAUAUAGAAGUUAUGAAGAUGCUUAGAAAUGAUACCAUUGUUCCCAGCCGAGACUCGGACAUGUUGUUUGUCAACCCUACAUAUUUACCAAGAUCCACAUAUUGUGUUCAUAUCCACAUAUUGUUCUUGUA